AUGGUCCACUACAAGAUUUCCUAUUUCCCGCUCCGCGGAGCCGGUGAGCUCGCCCGUCAGAUCCUCACCUACGUCGGACAAGAGUUCGAGGAUCACCGCAUUUCGAGGGAGGAGUGGCCGGCCAUCAAGCCAAGUGAGUGGGGGACGAAUUGAGCACAAACUGGGUUAUAGUACUAGAAAGCGAGAAAAUGCUCUCUGUUCAAAAACCCCUCUUUUUGUGAUAGUCUCUUUCCAAUGUUUUGAGCAGCGAAACAAGCAAACAACAAAACAAUUUUCUGUUUUUACCUGACCGGAGAUCACAAUUUAAGCAGAGCGAUAAUAUUUCCCUUUCAAUCGUUCGAAGUUCUCCUCUCCUGUUUUUGUGGCUUUCGGUCGAGUGGUUGAAAUUAAAUUCAGGUCAAGGUUCGCUUGUUUGUGUUGUUUGUGAGGGGCAAUCUAAUGGAAACAAGGCCUUGAAUUUUGAAAUUGAACCACGAAAACAAGACCAGGGAACAAACUACAUUGUUGUUUGAAAGCAAAGAUAAGAGCGACCGUGUUUACAUACAUGCAUGCCCGCCAAAACGUAGAUAUUGAAGACCACGUGGUCCAAAAGAUCAGGCACCAAAGCACACAUGGAAAAUUGAGUCUUUCAGCCACCCCGUUCGGACAGCUGCCUCUCCUGGAAGUGGACGGAAAGGUGCUCGCCCAGUCGCACGCGAUCGCCCGCUACCUCGCCCGUCAAUUCGGAAUCAACGGAAAGACCGCCUGGGAGGAGGCGCAGGUCAACUCGAUUGCCGACCAAUUCAAGGACUACCAGAACGAGGCGCGCCCGUACUUCAUGGCCAAAAUGGGAUUCUCUGAUGGAGACGUCGACGCGCUCUUCAAGGACACGUUCCUGCCGGCGUUCAACAAGAACUUUGGCUUCUUCGCCAACUUCCUCAAGGCGUCCGGAUCCGGAUACCUCGUCGGAGACUCUCUGACUUUCGUCGACCUGCUCAUCGCCCAGCACGUCUCGGAUCUGCUGGCCGCCAACCCGACCAUCUUCGCCGAGCACCCGGAGUUCAAGGCCCACCAGGAGAAGGUCCACUCGAACGCCAACAUCAAGAAGUGGAUCGAGACUCGCCCAGUCACCCCAUUCUAA